CGCCGCGCGGAACGGACACGUCCACGUGGUGGAGCGACUGCUCCGGCACGGCGCCGACGCGAGCGCGGCGAUGAAGAGCGGCUGGACGGUGCUGCACUGCGCCGCGCAUCACGGGGCGCCGCGAGAGACCGUCGAGAAGCUCGUCGCGGCGGGGGCAGAGGUCGACGCCGUCGACCGGCGCGGGAGGACGGCCCUGCACGAGGCGGCGUCGGCGGGGGAGGUCGAGGUUGCGGAGGUGCUCGUCGAUCUCGGCGCGGACCCGACUCGAAAGAGCAAGGCGGCCCUCAGACCGCACACGCCGAGCAGCGGGCGACACUCUCGGUGGCGGGCCAGACGCCGAGUGAGCGGGCGCGUUCGAACAGCUGGGUUGCGACCAGCGCGGACCGCGCGCAAAAGUCGCCCGGCGCGCUCAAGCGGAUGGGGCUCGCGCAGUGGCUCGACGACCGGUACACAGAGCACUCGGAGCGCAGCAGCGCGCGCAAAUCGGCGAAGGAACUCCGGGCAUCGCAGGCGGCGGCCGAGGCUUCGAUUGCCAAACUCACGGUGCGGCGCUCCGCGCAAUAGACGACGAGCCGCACAAAACGCUCUAGCCCCCCCCCCCCCCCCCGCCCCACCUUACCGGCGGCGAGAGGUGCGCGCACACCGCGGCCCACGGUGCGCACUUUUGCGGCCGCUGCGCCUUCUGGCGCCCCACGCCCACACACGCGUCACGCCGGGGGGGAAACAGCGGUUUUGGUUUUCUCUACAACGUAUACUGUGCUGUACGCGAAAAA